AGCACACACAAUCCCCAGAAUCUCAAGGACUAUCAUUAGCAGUGAGCGACGAUGUUGACAUGGACGACGCCACCGAUCCAUCUGUUGACCCCGGUCCGAACGAGCAAGACAUGCGGUCCAAUGAUGACGAGGAAUACCAUUACAGGCAGCUCUCGAAGUACACGACCGCGCUCGGACACCCGGCUCCACCAAGGCUUCCACCAGCCGUGAUGAAGCGCGUCGCAGAAGAUUCCGAGUAUCGAAAACUAUGGUUCACCGAGCUACGUGACCUAUCCCCUCAGUACGAGCAUCUACCCGACCUGGCGCAGAGAAAGUGGAGACAGUUCGGCUUCCGCGACGAAGACGACAUCGAGCUCGGCGACGAGGACGGCGACGGAGGUCUGGGGCAGGAUGAGCGCGAAGAGAAGGAGGAUGAACUAGGCACGCUUGUAGAGACCAUUAAGGUUCUCUGCGGUCAGUACACUGAAAUAACGAGCACCUUGCAACGCGAGGUAUUGCCCGACAUCAACGAAGGCCGCCAGCGCGCACAAUGGUACAGGCGACUGACGAGUCAAGAGCGCGCCGAGUUCGGACGCAUAUGCACAUGGAUGGCCGUAUGGAAUCCUGAGACGAAGGGCAAGUGGAGUACGAAAGAGAUGUGGACGGGGUUCCCCUUCAGAGUCAAGAAGAAAGACGGCAUCUGGAGGGAGCUCGCAAGUGACGAGGAGAGAGGUAGCGAAGACAGCGACUCCGAGUGAGU